AUGGCAAAACUUUCGCUGUUAUUACUCCUAACUUUAGUGUUGGGGAUCACCUCCAGUCCCGUUCAGGUGGGAACCCGAGCCUCCAGAGAUCAUAACGACUACACGAAAAACCCUCACCGAGUGGUCUGUUAUUUCGGAAGUUGGGCCCAUUAUCGCAAAGUCCAACCCUUCGAUAUCGAGAACAUUGAAUACGAUUUGUGUACUCAUAUUAACUAUGGUUUCGCCAAAAUCAAUGAAUCCACGUAUGAGAUACAGGUCUUCGAUGACUGGCUGGACAUCCAUUUCGAAGGGUACAAGAGGUUCGUGGAUUUGAGGACAAAGAACCCUCACUUAACGACAAUGAUAUCAGUCGGGGGAUUGCAUGAGGGGUCAGAAAAGUACUCGGAUAUGGUUAAGGACGCAAACAGAGCCCGAUUCGUGAAAAGUGUAUUGGAUUUCCUCAAGAAGUAUGACUUCGAUGGACUGGAUCUCGAUUGGGAGUACCCGGCUAACAGAGGUGGUGAUGAGGUCGCAGAUAAACCCUAUUUUCUGAAACUGCUGAAGGAAUUGAGAGAAGCCUUCGACCCGCACGGGUAUCUCCUGACGGCUGCCCUCUCACCCAAAAAGCAAAAGAUUGACGCCGCCUAUAGAGACGUACCCCUAAUGAACGAACUCCUUGAUUGGGGAAACAUAAUGACAUACGACUAUCACGGGGGUUGGGAAGACAUACUCGGACACAACGCCCCACUCUAUAGCCGACCCGAUGAGACAGAAGGCGAUUACCGAUACUUUAACGUCAACUAUACUGUCAGUUAUUACUUGUCAUUGGGUUUGAAGAAGGAGAAGAUGGUGAUGGGAGUGCCCUUCUAUGGUCGCGCCUGGAGUUUGUUGGAUAAAGAUAAGCAUAAUCUUCACGACAUUGCAAAGGGUGUGGCCGGAGUGUUGGGAUAUAAUGAGUUAUGUCAGGAAGAACUCCAGGAUCCCACCAAAUGGCAUAACACUUAUGACACAUCCUAUCGGGCGCCGUAUGCUUAUAACGACGAGAUAUUCAUUGGUUACGAAGACGUGGAGAGUAUUUCGUGCAAAAUCGCAUACUUGAAAUCCAUGGGACUGUCGGGUGGUAUGGUGUGGGCCCUCGAGAACGACGACUUUCUGAACAAAUGCGGGGGCGGGAAGUCACCCCUCAUGAACAAAGUGCACCGUAUGUUGAAUGGCGAUGAGAUCAAGUCGUUUGAGUGCAAAUUCGCACCACAACCUACUACCACUACCACCACCACCACCACUACUACUACCACUUCACCCCACUCCACCCCUAUCGAUUGGUGGUGCUCUCGGGACGGCUAUAUUCCACACCCCAGUGACCCCCAUAAGUACUUCCAGUGCGAAUGGAUCCCAGGCACCGGAUGGUACUUCCAUUUGCACGAAUGUCCCAUUCACACCACAUGGGUGCAAAGGGACAGAAUGUGCGAUGGCCCUGAUACACCACCAAUGGAUGACUAA